CCUGCCUCCUUCUCUCAAUCCGAAGCCAGCUGAACUCACGUCUCGGAGAAGUUGCUGUGAUCCACCGCGCGGAGAAUCUGCGGCACAAUUAUCAUGAAUCCCGGCACGAUGUGAAUGCUCACGGCGAAAGGCAUUGCCCCUCGAAACGAGGGCGACGGAAGCAUGCUGCGGUGAUAUGAGAUCGUCGAAUCAAAAGCACAUCAAUCUGUCACCAGAAAUAGCCAAAAACUAUGGAGCCAAUCACAGAUCUGUGCAUAGUAGAAGAUGCGCGCAACGCACCAAGCGGCUUCACUGUCAUUGAAUUAACCGGCGAUACAGGGCAGGAUGCCGAUUUAUGGAAGGAUAAAGGGUUUUUCGGAAAGAAGGAAACUCGUUAUUUAUGCUUCAGCAGGAAAUUCUCUCUCGACUGUGUCGAAAGUCUAUCCGUCACGACGACGAGCACGCCGGAUGUUCUUACUGUAUCGCUGACUCGAGACACUGCCCAGAAAGCCUUCCGGAAACGGAAUCUCUGUUACACGGUGGUCGGACGAGACAUCCUCAACUGUAGGGUGGUAACAGAAAUCGGGGUUUUCUCAAAGCUCCAAGAUGGAUUCCUGGUCGCCGGAGAGCUGAACAAUCUCGUCAUCGGAUACAAAACGGUUCUGAUGAAUGCGGGAGCAUCGAAGCCCGAUCCGAAAGUCAACCUAUUCGAGAAAGUCUACACGAUCAAAACUUCAACGGUGACGACGACGAAAUGCGUCAGGAGCUGGAUCGAUGACGUUCCUUUCAGACUCAGUCCGGUAUUCCAACCCAUAACCCGGCUCACACCGAUGAACUUGAAGACGGCAAGCCAGAUAUACUGUCAGUACAACUACGAUUUCUCGAUUGAGCGCGACGUGCUCCAGGCUUCACCGGAGCUGCCGGACGGACUCAUCGACGACAUCUGA